AUGGAAUCAGAAAUAGGAGUACGGUGCAUUUUUAUUUAUACUAGGAAAGGUAAAGGAUACAGAAUCCCCAACUAAAACUCAACUUCUCCAUAGCUGGCUUAUGUCAUAUCAAUUUUCAGAAACAAUUUUUAGAACUUUUUGGAUGCAUUGAGACCUCCAGAAAAUUAUUUAGGACCUCGGUUGACAGUUGUAUUAAGAGAUACAAAGCAAGAUCAAACUAAACAAAUUAACUAAUUCUUGGAUUAACUGUAAAUUCAAAAAGAUGUCGGAAGCUUUCCAAAUGAAGAACUAAUUGGAGAUUUUUCAAACGAAUUCAAAAGACAAUUCAAUAAGAAAUUUUAAGUUGCAUCUAAGGAUUGUAACAAAUUUUUCGAGGAGCUCUUAUUAACCAAAGAUCAAUUUGAGAUUGAAUCUCUAAAGAUAGCUGCUUUGUUUUCUGAAUACGUAAUGAAAGAGUUAAUUAAAGACUGUGAAUAAAUUCUUGAGCUAGGUAAGCUUGAAAACCAUGAUAUUAUUUCUGGGAAAAUUGAAAUGAUACUCGAUAAAGAAGAAAAAUUGAAAGAUUUUUAUAAGACAAUACCCAAGACAUUAAAUAAUGAAUAUGAUAGCAGUUGUCUUGAAUUUUAGUACUAGGUUGGAAUCCAAAGUGGUGGAUAAUAUAAUUUAAAAAUGGGAGCCCCUAAUAAUUAAAGCCCGCUAAGUCCUGAUACCAUUCUUUUAUCAGUUUGCAAUAAGUAUAAGGAUAUUUGCUGCAAUAUUAGCAGGACAAUAAUUAUAAAUCUAGUUGACGAGUAAAAACAUGCUUAUAUAUUCCUUAACGAUAUGAUGAACUAUUUGAUAUCUCUGAUGAUGGUUGAUAAAAAAAUUAGUGAUAUAUAUAAGGCAUUUAUUGAAUAGGUAAAAUCUAAGGGGAAAGAAAAUCAUCUAGCUCAUCUUCCCAAAGUUUUAGGGUAUGGUAUUGGAAUUUAUCCAAAAGAAGACUUGCUCUCGAUUAAAGAGGAUAAUGAAAAGAUUAUCGAGGCAGGAAUGGUUUUUAAUUUAAGAUUAUCAUUGGCUAAUUUUUAACUCACACCAAACAGAAACUGCCUUCUUAUUGCAGACACUAUUCUGAUUAAACCAAAGAGUGAUGAUGCAAAUCGAAAUGUAGAUAUUUUGACAAGGGAUGAAGAUCCCACUGCUGCUGAAGAGAAGGCUGAUAAAAGUAAAAAGAAGCCGGUUUAAACUCAAAACAUCAAAGAGAAAUUAGAAAAGAGUACCAAACUUGGAGUUGUUUAAGUUGAAAGACUUCGCUAAUAAAACCCAACAAUGGUCGGUGAUGAUGUUAAACGAAAAGAACAUCAAAAGGAAUUAAUGUUCUAAAAGCAAGAAGAAUUGAAAUUGAGACUUGCAGAUAAUGAUUUACAAUUUACAGGCAAAAAUAAUUCAAAAGUAAAAGACCUUGAUGCUGUGAUUAGCUAUAAAUCAUAGCGAGAAUUUCCAAGAGAGUGCCAAAAUUACCAGCUCUAUAUUGAUAAAAAUAAGAAUACUAUUCUAAUACCAUUUAGAGAUGAAACAGGCUAAAUGAUGACAGUUCCAUUCCAUAUCUAAACAAUUAAAAAUGCAUCAAUAAAUACUGAAAAUAAUGUGAGCAAUCUUCGAAUUAACUUUCAUUUCUAAGGAUAAGGCAUUUCAAGCAAAGAAGUUAAUUUCCCAAGUAUGAGGGGACCAAAUUAAGUAUUUAUUAAAGAAAUCACAAUCAAAUCUCAAAAUACAAUUGGGUUGACAGCUUCAUUUAAAGCACUAAAAGAAAUUUUGAAGAAGAUUAAGCAAGAAGAUUAAAUAAAAAGUAAAUCAGGGGAUGCAAAGGAAGAAGAUGCACAUCUUUCUGAUGAGACAUUGAUACUAUCAAAAGGCAAAAAAGUAGUCCUAGAUAAAAUUAGUAUAAAGCCAACAUUUGUAGGAAAAAAGACAGUUGGCUAGCUAGAGACCCACAUUAACGGCUUUAGAUUUAUGAGUAAUAAAGGCCAUAAAGUAGACAUUACCUACAACAAUAUUAGAUAAGCAUUUUUCUAGCCUUGCGAAAAUGAUUUAAUUGUCCUACUGCAUUUUAGACUGAAAGCGCCAAUUUCAGUAGGAAAUAAAAAGACUUUAGAUAUUUAAUUAUACACAGAAAUUUGUGCAUUAGUGGAUGAUCUUGAUUCUAAACAAGCAGCGAGGAAAAGACUUAAUGAGCAAGAUGAAUUCACUUAAGCUGUUGAAGCCUUUGCUCUUGAAAAUAAAUAUGAGAUUGAAUUCGAUGUGCCUUUUAAAGAUCUCGAGUUUACUGGGUGUCAUGCGAAAUCUAACGUGAAAAUAGUACCUACUAGAGGAUGCUUGAUAGCUCUAUCAGAACUCCCAUUUUUCGUACUGGAUUUAAGUUAAGUGGAAAUAGCUCAUUUUGAAAGGGUGAGUUUUAUGACUAGAAAUUUCGAUAUGAUAUUUGUGCUUAAAGAUUUUCAAACUUUUAAGAGAAUUAGUACGAUACCAAAUUAACUUCUAGAUACCAUAAAGUCAUGGCUUGAUACAAUGAAUAUAAUAUAUUCAGAGGGACCAAUAUGCUUAAACUGGCCAACAAUUUUAGAUUCUAUCAGAGAAGACUUUGAUUCGUACAUUAAUGAUGGUGGAUGGGGAUUUUUAUUUGAUGAAGAAGUUGCUGGUGGAUAUAAUUAAGAAGUCUCUGGUGAUGAAGACGAAAGUGACUCAGAGUAUAAUGAAACUGAAGACGAGGAAGAGGAAGAAGGAUCGGAAAGUAGUGGUAGUGAAUUUUCAGAAGAAGCAAGUGCUGAAAGCUCAGAUGUCUAGCCAGAUGAUGAAGAAGAGGAGGAAGGAAUGGAUUGGGAUGAAAUGGAAAGAUAAACUAUAGAGUAAGAUAGACGUUAAAAUGAGCUAGCCAAACGAAGAUUUUAAGAGGAGGAACAUAUGAAGAAAAUUAAAGGACCCAGCAAUGGUGGUGGGAAUAGGGAUUAGAAAAAAUAAAGUAAUGGAUAAAAUCAAAUUUCUAAGGUUAGUGGGUUUAACUAAACUAAAACAAGCCUAAUGGGAAAAGUUCAAAAGAGGAGAUGA